AUGAGAUCAAAUGGUGGCACCAUGGAAGAAGUAAAAGUUGUGGAGAAGAUAUUGAGAUCAUUGACUCCUAAAUUUGACUAUGUUAUCUGCUCAAUUAAGGAGUCAAAGAAUGUUGUUGAGAUGCAAAUUGAUGAAUUGCAAAGCUUUUUGCUAGUGCAUGAGCAAAGGCUUAACUGUACCGCUGCUAGUGAGGAGCAAACAACACUAAAGGCUUCUAAUUUCUCUAAGUCCUCAAGCUCUAGAGGAGGAAGAGGUCGUGGAAGAGGUGGACUAGGUCAAGGAAGAGGUGGUCAAGGCAAUCAGGAUGGUGGAAGGUUUAGGAAUAGAGAUGAUAGCAAAUCAUCUCAUGUCUCCAAGAAAGAUGAUGACUCUCAAGGAAAGGGAGGAGGCCACUAUGACAAGUCCAAGAUUGAGUGUUACAGAUGUGGAAACUUUGGUCACUACAAGAGCGAGUGUUAUACGAAGCUGCCAAAAGAGAAAGGAGAAAAAUCCAACUUUGCUAAGAAAAAGGAGGAAGAGACUUUUGAUGGCUUUUCAUGCACUAGAGGAGUAUGA